GAGAUGGCAUGACGAUCAGCAAUGCUCCGAUUCCCUUUCGGUGCUGAGAAUGUUCACCAGGUUGUUCAAAAGACAAUCGUCUUCCUCACCUCCAGUUGACAAUAAGGACGGUGGGACGAAAACCUCCAGUUCAAAAGCCGCGACGCCCAACCAAGCCGAAAGUGCACCCGAAGACUCGGUGCUGAACUGUUUGCGUGUGCUCAUCUGCCAAGAUAUUGGUGAUAAAAGAAAAUUGCCACUUCUGGACACAGCUCACGACCAAGCAAACUAUUCACAGACCGUUGGAAGACACCAUAUAAUAAAUGGCAGUCUUCCUAAGCCGGUCCCUGACCAUCCAGGUGAUGCCAGUCAUCGUUAUGCGGGGGAGGGCUCAGGUUCAAUAUCACGGGGUCGAUACCGCGGUCCCCUUGGAGGACACGGCGAUGAAAGACGAUCCGGCUUUCGAGGCGCUCCAGGUGGACGACGCAAGUCAGUUAAAAACUUGGAUCUGCUCGGUGAAAUGAUGUUUGGUGCCGUUCCCUUGAGCCCGAAAGGUGUCACAACAAAGGUGCAUUACUUCCGCGCUCCGAAUGCGCAGGUUCUCUUGACCAAGGUGUUUACCAUGCCGGCGGACAUUACGGAGGAAGAAGAGGAUACCAUUACAGCUUCAUUGUUGGCGCAUACUAGGUUAUCUUCUGUGUCGAGCUCAUAUUCUACUUGGAGUGAUGCCUUUAGCGAUGUUGGAGAUCGUUCCCGGCCACUAAGCCGAGUCAAUUCCUUCUCAAGAAGUUUCCAGCACGGUUUAGAGACGUCCGUCGUGGAGAAUUCCUACAGCCGACCGGUGAGCUGGAUAUCAGACGGUGGUGGUCGAUAUGCUAGUUCCCCCACGCCGUCAUUCGCUUCUUCUUUAUGGGCCCUCACCGAGGGUAGUGAAUCAUACCGGCGUAGAAAGAUUGAGCGUUUCAGCAUGCAUUCUGCAGAACGAUCAGGCGACGUCAGCCUUUCAUCUUCCCCCACUGCAGCAGGACUUUCAUCUCCAUUGAAGAAAACGCGCCGGCGAAUUGCGUACAGCGUUGCUCUGGUUUUGGACUGCGGCAGCACUCCUGAACUCCGCGAUUUCUUUUUCACGCAUUACAUAUUGAUCGAGCGGCAUCUACUUCGUCUUCAAAAGAAAGUGCUGGGAAUAAUUUUGGAUUUUCUUCAUGGGAAAUCACAGGAGUUGAACAGCCGGCCGCCUUCAUCUGACUCCUGGGCAACAAUGACGACAGAUACGUCUGACACACAAAGCUGGUUUACGACGCCAUAUGCAUUACAAGGGGAUGUAGAAUUGGGGCAGGACGUGAAAACGUUUCGGAGAGACAUUCAAUUUCUGUUUGAAGCACCACGUUUGAAGGAGCCUUUGUGGCUCGAUAUGCUAACCUUCUCAGAUAAGCGCAAGAACAUGGCGCAGUCCUUGAUCACCAAUCUUUGCGAGCUCACGAAAUCUGUAGAUCUGGCAAAGACAAAUUUGUUCCUCUCGGAAGUGUUGACCGGUGUGCUGGCCCAUCAUCUUGCGUGGACUGGGACUGUCGCAUCAGUUAUCGAGGCCAAGGGAUGCAGAAGUGGCGCAAAGUGCAUGAGGGUUGAUGGACCACCAUAUAACCCCUAUCUAGCCCAACUAAGUGACCUUUAUGGAAGCAUUGGGGCUCCACCUAAAAGCAGCCGUACAAUAAUUAUUGGACGACGCAAACUGGAUAUUGUUCGCAAGCUUCUGUCCAUCCUGAGCUAUUUUAUGCGAUGCGGCGAAGUUAUAGAGGAUAUACAGAACAUGGAGCCUUGGACAGAUGUUUCUUCUGAAUCUUCUGAGAGCUUCACUGGUUACUUAGAACUCCCACUGGCACGAACCUCCAUCCUGCGGACGAUCCCGGAUCCCACCAGCGGAUCUCAGGCCUUACCCCUACAUCGAUUUUCGUACGCCCGGUCGCUGUUAGGUGACACCUGUUCCCGUUAUGGGCCUGAUUUCGCUUUGAUGGCCGUGCCAGAUUUACCGGACAUGGCUACAUUGAAGUCGGACCUUCAAUUUUUAUCUGAGGUGUCAAGUGGACCGGCUGCGAUGAUAUUCGUUAACAUCGACGACAGUACAUGUCAGGUCGCACAGUAUACCCCUCCCUCCUUCCAUUGUACCGAUUUCGAAGUGAAAGCAGCUUCAGCAUCACCAUUAAUUACGGAUAUGCUCAAAGGGUUAUAUGGACUGUGGGCUUGUAGGCUUCCGGCAGAAACAUGCAUCACAUUCUUGGAGGACCAACUGCAGGAGAUAUACAACAAGAGCAUCCUGCUGUCAGUAACUCUUGCCAGCAAUCCCUCGAUCGGUUUCGAGACUUUGGUGUCGUUACUGGGCGUCCACAGAGACGAUAUGCAAUUAUUGUUACCAGUUGCAUCCACGUUUGACGAAAACAUUGAAGCAAUGGUGGAACAGCGACCCUUACUGAGUCAAAGCGUGCGUCGACCUACUUCCAAUGUCUCAUGACACGACGGCACCAGCAACAACCUCUGUACAACUCUGCCUUCAUCCUGAGCGAUUGCAGUGUUGUGGGUCGUUACGAUUCCUAACAGCUGCUUUCCUCAUUUGAUGACUCUUUCAGCGUUUGGAUCUUAAAAGACCCUGAUCAGGACCGAUAAAAGCGGGUCUGCAUUGCAAAGCUCGCCUUACCUCCUUGAGAUUGCGUUCAUGCCGGUCUACACAAAAUUGCACAAGUGGGGAAAUCAACCUAUCAAGUAACAAGGCAAGGGAUCGCACCAGCAAGCCUCCGUGAAAUGAUGCUGCUAUUAUUUCAUCUGCACCCGCGUGUGUAUCAUCAUCAUCGUGCUCGUGAUGCAUGCUAGUACAGCGAUCGUACGCUUCACGCUCUUCUCGCAGGAGCGUCGUUGGCAGUUUCUCUACCAGCUGGGUUAGGGUUUGCUGUGUUAUGAAAGGAUCUCGAGGCAUAAUCAAUAGAGGGAUCGAGAUCCGGCUGAAUUUUACGAAAUUGUAAGGACAAUAAUAAUCAACGCGCCACCAUCCUGGGGCAUACCUUCCAUCGCUCCCGGCUUGGAAGCACGUUACUUGGAUACGUUCCGC